CUUCAAUUUUGAAAGAUGUAGUGUUGUAGAGAUGACAUUUAGUAUGUUGUUUAGAAUGUGAUUGCCGAUGGGAAAAUUUUCAUUCAGCUAUUUAAUUGUUUUUCAUAUUACAAGUUGAUUAAACAAGAAGGAUGGGUGCAACUUCUGCUAAACAAGAAAAACCACGCAAACCGAAAAAUGAGGCGGAUUUAUCAAAAAUUCCUGCUCGAGUCGAUAACGUUAUUGUUAAAGGACUUUUGAGAACAUAUGAUGAUUACGUUAUGAGAACAGCGCAAGAUUUAUUUAAAGCAGAUAAUUUUCAGGAUGUCAUUAUAGAGGUUAAUAAUGCCAGACAGUACUUAAGCGAUUUGGGUAUAUUUAAAGAAAUUUCAGUUCAUAUUGAUAUUAGCCGUGGCGAGAAAGCUUCACCAAAUGGUUAUCAAAUUACAUUUGAAGGCAUAGAAUUAUCUAGAAUUAUUGGUCAAGUUGGUACCGAAAUAGGACAAAGUGAAGGAUCUUUUAAAACAGAAUUAUCAAGCCCAAAUCUUUUUGGUCGCGGUGAACGUUUAACUCUUCAAGGUUCAUAUAGUUAUUUUAGGACAAGUGAUUUAAUUCUGAAAUUGAGUAAAGGAUUUUAUCAUACAAGAUUUUUAUAUAAUAGACCAGAAAUUUCACUUUCACUAUUUCGUCAUAGUAAUGCGGUACCUAUUAGCGAAUAUAAAAAUCAAAAUUUAGGAAUUCUCGCUGAUUUUACUUUCUAUACAUUGUGGCCAAUAGAUCUACUUCAUUCUAUUCAAUAUGAAAGUUCUUUCAGAGAGAUCUCAUUAUUAAAGAAAACUGCACCAUUCUUUAUAAGAGAACAAUGUGGACCAAGGAUGGCAUCACUUAUUCGACACAUUGUACAAUUUGAUAGUAGGGAUAGCAAUAUAUUUCCAACUUACGGUGUUUAUGCAAAAACUUUAAAUGAAUUUGCUGGCGGUGGUCUUGGUGGCAAUAUUGGUUAUAUGCUGAAUGAUACGCAUUUUGAAAUUAAUAUUCCUUUAAUAUUGGGUUGUUCAAUGCAAUUUUCAUCACGUUUCGGAAUGAUUCAAAAAGAUAAGAAGUCGCCUAGCGUUCCUAUAAGCAGCCUUUUUAAUCUUGGUGGUUCUAUGUCAUUGCGUGGUUUUGAAUGGGGUGGAGCUGGACCACAACGACAAGGUGUUGCUACUGGAGCACAUUCAUAUUGGUCGUCAGGAAUGCAUUUUUGGGCACCUUUACCUUUUAAGAGUAGCUUAGGAAGAUUUAGUGAAAAUUUCCGUACACAUUUAUUUUAUAACUUCGGCAAUUGUAACUCAUUUUCCACCGAUAAAAUGAAAAGCGCAGCUGGAAUUGGCUUAGCAUAUAAAUUCGCAAAUCAAGCCCGCAUCGAAGUGAAUUAUUGUAUCCCACUUGACAAAGAAAAAGGAGAUCGAGUUUGUAGAGGCUUUCAAUUUGGAAUCGGUUGCGAUUUUAUUUAAAAUACAUCUUAGUAGAAACAAGAAAAAGAAACGAGUUAGAAGCAUUUUGGUUGUUAAGUUUCAAAAAUUCUAUAUUUUUACUUUUAGAGAAUACUAUUAACAUCUUAUUUAGAGCAUUAAAAUAUGUAUUGGCUUUUCUGUCAGACUCCGCAUUUUAUAUACAUAUACUUUGUUUUUUUAAUUUUAGUAAACCUGAAUGCUAUAAUAUAAUCAUUGAGCAUAAUAGGUAUGUACCUAAGUAUUUAAUUUUCGUUUGUACGUAUUUUCUAAAAGUAAAAAUGUGAAACUUCAUAACUUAUUCAAUGAAAAUAUAUUUUUGUUAAAACUUGUUGAAAAUAGUAAAAAACAGAGAA